AAUAUGGUUGAGUACUGGUUUACAACUGAAGUGGAGAGAAACUAUGAUGCCAAUUAUUGGCACAACGUGUUUCUCGAACACUGGACAGAUUCCUUCGUUUAUUCUGCAAUUUAUUUAAUAUUAGUAUUUGCCGGAAGGAAAGUAAUGCAGCACCGGCAAAAGUUUGACCUACAUAAGGUGCUAGCAGUCUGGUCGGGAUCCAUGGCAGUAUUCAGUCUCAUCGGCUUCUUACGCGUCUUCCCAAAAUUAUUGGAGGAGUACAACCAAGGAGGAUGGCAACGGACACUGUGCGACCAAAGUUUCAUGGAGGGGGUCAGCGGGUUUUGGUCCCUGGCAUUCACACUCAGUAAAGUGGCCGAACUCUUCGACACCAUGUUUAUUGUCUUACGCAAACAGAAACUUGUAUUCCUACACUGGUAUCAUCACGUCACCGUUUUGAUCUAUACAUGGUAUGCUUUCACUGAUGGCAUUCCGUACGGGAUAUACUUCCACGUUAUGAAUUACGGCAUCCACGCACUUAUGUACUCGUAUUAUGCAAUCCGCGCUUCCAGAUUGGUGAAAAUCCCAGUCCAAAUCAACAUAGCCAUCACCUUUUUGCAGCUGUGUCAGAUGAUCGUAGGCAUUUAUCUUAAUAUCUACGCGUACUUCAAGCUGGAAAACACCAAGACGUGCCCAGUAUAUUACAAUAAUAUUUACUGGUCCCUCGCUAUGUAUUACACGUACUUCUUGCUGUUCAGUCACUUCUUCUAUUCAACCUAUAUGGCACCAGGUAAAGGCAAGCCUGAACUUAAAACUGAAAAAGUCUUGCAUAACGGAUUCGUUUCUAAGAAACUCAAUUAGGUGACAAUUCAACUUUGAACUCUUAUUAUUCAAUGCAAAAACUUGCAACGAUGUGAUGUAAACCGUUCCAUUUAUUGUAACCAGAAAAUCAUAACAUAUCUGAAAAAUUCAGGCCAUCCACGAAAAAAUUCCCAAUGUUCAAAAUCUAAUGAUUUUCGCUGAUAUAUGAAAUUAAUAUAUCUUGCGAAAUGAAAGAUAUUUACAUUAUUGCUUCAAUAUGGAAUAUUGUUAUUAUUUUGUGUUACAAUAUUAGAUUAAGUUAGUCAGUUCAUCCAGUUUGCCUUAAUGUUGAUAUUUUUAGAAACUUUGGGGGGGGGGGGGC